AUGCUGAAUUUCGACUACAACUUCACCAGUUCACGUGCAGGCAGGAGAUUUUCCCGGUAUCUGAUAGGAGACUUCACUUUCGCUCUUGAACAAAGCCGUUCUCGCCAAAAGCCCUUUCUCCAGAGGAACAUUACGCGUGUUUUGGCCUAUCAUCAAAAACGCCGUGAGCGCAACUUCACGCCCAGCAUCUUGAGCAAAAAAUCGCCCUCGAAGUCCCGAGAAUCAGACGAUUCUCCAGGAGGAAUACCGUCGGAGGAAUCUAGCAUCAACAUUGUGGCCCCUGUCGUCGCAUCAAACGGGUCGGAGACUUCUCCCAACCCUGAGGCUCUUUGGAGCCAAGAUCGUCAACCACCGACAAAUAUCGCUAUGGGGUCGAAAUCACAGCUUUCUCUGCAAAACGCGGGGGAAAAUGAGAGAAAUACGCGUCGAAGCAUUCGAAGCCUCUUAGACAAAGCCUACGAACAACCCGACGCCGAGCUCACCUUAGAUCUUAGCAAUAUCCGAAAAAAGCUCAACUUCAAAACCAACUUUCUCGACGAAAGCGAAAGACCUGCCAAACGUCGCAAACGCGAUUCUGUCCGGUGCCAGUGUCAUUUGACCAUAUGGGACAACCGUGAUGGCUGCGCUGCCAUACCAUUGACCACAAAAUCCGCGUACUGUCGGGUAACUGCCACAGAGACCGUGUCCGAUGGCUACUUUGUCGACGUAGAACUAGACAAGCCUUUUCUUGUCAGAGCAGCCGAACUCAAGGUUUCCAUCGAUACCAAACAAGGGUCAAUUUUGGGGAUCAUCGACAAAUACUUCCUCGAAAUCAAAAUCAUUCCUUGCAAAGCCGACAGCCCCUGGCCGCCGAUGCCAAUCUUGGGUAAAAGUGACGGUGACCAUUUUGCGCGUGAUAUCAGAAAGACUGGUUCAGAAGAGUUGCAGGGAGCUGUUGUCGCAAGAUACACGCACUUGCCACAAGCUCCGGAAUCGGAUGUCCCACUCAGUAUCUUCUUCCUUUACGAAGGGCGAACGUACAGAACCAAAUACGGCCUUCAAGUGAUAUCAACGUGGCGGAAAGGAAGUUCUGGCUCAAAGCCCGUCAAGACGGAGAAAACCGGCCUGGAAUUGGACUCUUUUUGGGCCGAGAAGCCAAAUGGCAUCAACCUCCCCAAUGGAAUGCACAAAGAAUCGAAUCUCUCGAAAUUGGUUCAGCCAAGACCACCAGAAGUCUGCUACAACUUCUGUUCUACGAUUUCAACACAAGCUGAUCAAGAUUUCCGGGUCGCGACUGUUAAGGGAUAUCGAUGCCCGUUGUGUGCAAUAUGGAAGUCUUCCAGGUUAAACAAUUUACAGUUCCACCUCUCAACAAUGCACUCCAAAUACAGGUUUUCUGUACAAAAACCUCGACGAGACCCGUCGAGCAACGAAUUGACACACAUUCAAAUCAAAGUGGACCUGGCCGCGCCAGUCAGAAAGGAAGAAGAUACCAAGUCUUUCGAGUGGCAAGCUCCAGAAAAACCAUUCGAUCUUCCCGCUUAUGUCGAGGGCGACCACAGCUGGCUAGGCGUGUCAUCUUACAAGAAGAGCCCCCUCAACGAACCCGUACCGAAUACCGGUGUAAAGAGACCGGUCUCAGGGUUUCUCCCGGCCAAAGAUGUACCCGAUUUUCGGAAACCGCAACGCAAGAAAUUCCGAGCGAUUACAUUGGAAACCAAAUAUGCAGAAGCCGAGCCUGUAUAUACGUCCAUUAGCCACCGUCCAGUCUCUCCCAGCGAAGAGUCACGUAGCGAGACAGAUGACGAGAUUGACAACGAAUGGCAAAUUCAAUUGCACAUGGAGCGGCUCGAUCUUAUAGGGACACGAGAAGGUUGGAAUGAUUACGAACGGGAGCUUCGAAAGCGCUGGGAUCGACAUCGCAUGGAGGAGCAGCUGGAACAUUCCCGAUAUCUUUCAAACAGCUUGAUUCGAUUCGUACGAAAGAAUCGAAGCUGGUUGAAGGAUGGCGACGAUCAGUUGCUUUUAGUGUUCUUCGAAUUCCUAGAACAACUCAAGGAACGUGGUGUCAUUGACGACAAUGUGGUGUGCGAUGUCAAUGAGUUGAUAUUUCAAAAUGCUCCAGCUGCGAGUCCGACGCCAAAGCCAGCCGAGAUCAACGGCGCGCUCGCGCCUAGGAAAGAGGGUGUACGGACGAGAAGUCAGACGCGCAGUCCAUAUCCGAACGAAUUAAAUGGAAUCCGGUCGAAGAGUAAGACUCCUCAGCCUAGAACUCCCAAAACGACGGCACCACCUCCAAACUCACUCAAGGCCGGCGCGUUCGUUUGUGGAAUCUGCUCGCAGCCCAUCAAACAUAUGAUCAAGGAUGUGAUUUGGUGUAAGGAUCCGGAGUGUAAGACACCCAGGACCAUGUAUCAUCGCCAAUGCGCUCAGAGCCAUCGAGGAACCAAGUGUCAAGGGCGGGAUAAAAAUACCAGCAAGCCCACAAUUGUUGAGAUGGGACAUGAUCCAUGCAUGGACCUAAGAUGGGUGAUGGGAAGAAGUAGUGGCAGUGGUAGUCCGGCCCGACCGAUUCAUGACAACACGGAAGCAGCUGCGGAAUCUACGGGGGAAUUUGAUGCUUCGAAUUGGAGUUGUCGCGCGUGCAUUGCAAGGCAGAAUAAGGCUAUCAAGACCAGGGAUCUUGCCACGACUUCGGCCAUGCCCAUGUCUAGCCCACGGUGA